AUGCAACGUAAGACUGCAGCUUUUGAGUGUACUCCCGUCCACUCUUCGCUGGAAAUGAGCAGUGAAACGACGGAUUUUGAGCGUGUUCCGCCUGACGGGACCGGUGGUUUUGUUAAAAUUGGUGGUCCCCUUCCCGACUCGUCUGAUCCACGAGCUAUUAAAGGAGCUGCUAGUGCUCCUGGUAAUGGUCAUCGUCUCUUUUACUUGCGUGUCAUUGAUUCGCGCAAAUGGCAUUAUUCGGAAACAUUUGCGCUAUUUCUUGACUUUUUUAUGCAAGUUUUGACCAUUUCGUUUUCACAAAAAGACUCAUUUCAUGAUGAAGUACCGGCAAAAGCAUCGCGUUACUUUUCAUCCGGUCUCAUGUUGUGUUACUUCAUUGACAUGAUUAUUCGAAUUUUGGGGCUACGAUUGGCAUUAUUUCGAUCGCAUUCCAAUAUUGCCGACCUUUUAUGUCUAGUGACAAUGGUGGUGCUUCUUGGGUCACGAUAUUUCAUGGAUGAUAAAGAAUAUUGGCUCUGUCUUGGCUAUUUGACAAUUGUCGCACUUCGACUGAUUCUCAAGCCACGAGCACGAACGUUUUCCAAGAAAUUGCACAAAUUUCGGACCAAUGGGGACCAUAUUCGAGUCAGUAUUGAAUCUUUGAGGGCUUCACUUGCACGGAUUCCAGGCAUCUCUGCCAUGUCAAUUGAGAUGAUGGAGACGGAUCUGGUCAUUAUCUGUGGACGAGAUGAAGGGGACAUGACACGUGACGAGCUCAUGAACUUUUUAGAACGUGCACUACACUACCGUCCCCCGAAUCUCUCGGCGACAGAAUUUUUGUCCCAUUUGCGUGACAUUGACGCGUCAUCGUCGACACUAGCUUACGGGAUUUCUGACGUUGUCCGGAGUACAUUGUGGCAUUGGUCCACGCAAAUGGCAGAUCUUAUUUUCUGCUUCUUUGUAGUGUGUAUUAACGCGUCAGUGAGUCCAGCAUUGGCUAUUUUUUUGGCCAAAUUGUCGGAUGCUUUUGAUACGUUGGAUACGGGCACCCCGAAUGAGUCUACACUCAAAUUUGGUGUCGUGGGGGUCCUGACACUAUGUGUACCCUUUGUGCUGGGUGAUUACGCUGUCGGUUAUUUCCAAUCGAAAAUGAUUUCAAAAGCUACGGAAUUGAUGCAAUCUGAAUUGCUCAACAUUAUCCUUCGUCAGGACACGAGAUUCUUUGCAGAGCGUUCCGAAGGUGAUUUGAACAAUCUGUUUUCAAGUGAUGUCGCGCGUGUAAACGCCUUGUGGCAGGCUGUAUUCUGGAAUCUGCUGAACCCGCUUCUGGCUGUGAUUUUCGGUUUUGGUUACGCUUUGUAUAUGGACGUCAGCAUUGGUAUCAUGUCGUUUACAUUCACUGCAGUACUGCUUUCAAGUGGUCCGCAAGGCUUUGCAGCUCAGCGAUCAAAGGAGUUUGGAUCUAGGAACGCGUACGUUGCUGCCGAGUUCCAGAAUGCUGUCGGUUGUGAAAAAGUAGUGCGUGCUUACGCUAUCCAGGAUCCGCUCAUUACACGUUUUAAGAAAACGUGCGCGUCACUGCGCAAGAGUCAGUUUUCGAAGGACUUCUGGUCGAGUAUUGUGCAGAUUUACAUUGAGUCGGCAAUGUACAUUUUUGUGGCUAUUAUGACUGCCUCAUUGGCGAUGAAGGUGUGGCACAAGGAAUUAUCAUCAGGCGAAUUCUUUGGAUUCAUUACGCUAUUGAGUCGUGUUUCGAACCCUGUUACUGUUCUCGGUGGUUUUAUGCGUGUGGCCAUCGGUAACGCUAGUAGCUUACAGCGUGUGGAUGACAUUAUUGUAGGCUUGGGAUCGAGCACUGGUGAGGAGGAUAGUAGUGGUAAGGAUAUGCCUCCGCUCCCUAAGAUGAAACAGGAUCUUCGCGUUGAGAAACUUGUGUUCAAGUACGACAAGGCAUCGGAGAACUACAUCCUGAACGAAUUAACUGCAACUAUUCCUCGUGGAUCCUACACGUGUGUCGUCGGACCGUCCGGUUGCGGAAAAAGCACGCUGCUAGCGUGCUUGAUGCAGUUUCAGGAAGCUGAUGGCGGUUGCAUCCGCCUGGACGGCCAUGACAUUUUCAACUUUUCCAAGAAAUCGUUCAUGGAUCAGACUGCGGUUGUAUUCCAAGAUGGAGGUAUUCUCAACGGUACUAUCUACGACAACAUCCGCUACGGCAACAUUAACGGUUCCAACGCCGACUGCGAAGAGGCUGCCCGUCUUGCUGAGUGUCACUUCAUUAAGGAACUUAAAGACGGUUUUCAGACGGUGGUGGGUCAGCACGCAACUUGUAACUUGAGUGGCGGCCAGGCACAACGUAUCUGUUUGGCACGUGCACUUUGUCGUCGCCCAAGCCUGUUGUUGCUUGAUGAGGCUACGAGCGCUCUGGACCCUGAGACUGAAGCGUCGAUCGUGUCUACGCUGGAACGCCUCUCGGGCAAGAUGAACAUGACUAUCAUCUCAGUGACGCAUCGUUUAUCCACGUCCGUUAAUGCCGACCAGAUUCUUGUGCUUAAUGCAGGACGUGUAGCAGAAGAGGGCCGUUAUGAUGCUCUGGUGCAGAAGGGUGGACUCUUUUUCGAGAUGGUUCACAAGGUGGAUAAAUCGGAAGAGGAUGAAGUUUCUGAUCCCAUCGAGCAGACCGACAUGGUAUCAAUGGCUAAAAGCCGUCGUCGUGGCAUAGUACCACGCCGAAACGCAGGUACAAUCGGGGCCACUGGGGAGGAACCGAAGCAGAUGCAAGACAGUGUGUUGGCACUGCAGCAGUUUACAAAGACUUUGAGCUCACGUGUGGCGCACGACGUCGGUGACAGCAACCGUCCCGCCGGCACCACUUCAUGGUACCGCUAUGGCAAUCACUCGCGAAAGACAAGUGAAGAAGGGUUUGCAAAUCGCCGCUCAGGAAAUAACAGCAUGGAGUGUAGCCAGUGGUAUCCUAGCCAUGACAACCGGGGUGCGGCGUCUUCAGCUGCCAGCGAGGAAGAGCGUAACAAGUACUUCGUGUUGUAA